UGAUGGAGAGGAAACGGUGUUUGUGACGGAGUCUGAUGAGAGCAAACUGUGUUUCUGACGGAGUCUGAUGAGAGGAAACGGUGUUUGUGACGGAGUCUGAUGGAGAAAGAGUUCCUGUGAUUGUGUUUAAUGUGUGAAUGCUGAGAGCGUUGGUGGAGCAGCGACUAACUGCAGCUACUGAAGAGAUAUCUGGUCUGUUUGAAAGAAGGAUGGAGGAGAACUCUGGAGAACUACUGGACUCUGUUUACAACACUCAGCUCCGGUUACACAGAGCAGAAGACCAGCAGCUUUUGGUGGUUAAAGAAGAGCAGCAGGAGUGGAGCUCCAGUCUGGUCCAGGAGCGCCCAGAACUCUUACACAUUAAAGAGGAACAGGAGGAACUCUGGACCAGUCAGGAGGGAGAGCAGCUUCAAUGGCUGGAGGAGGCUGAUAUCAAGUUCCCAUUCACUAUUGUCCAUGUGAAGAGUGAAGAAGAUGAUGAAGAGAAAGCUCAGUCCUCACAGCGUCAUCAAGGACAAACUGAGGAGAACAGAGAGGCAGAGCAUUUGAAAACAGAAGCGGAUGGAGAGGACUGUGGAGGACCAGGACCAGCCAGGAACUCAGAUCCAGAUACACAUUUACAGCCGUGUACUAAUGACAAGACUGAAGACUCUUCUGAACCUGAGACUGAUGACAGUGGAGAUUGGAAGGAGACCAGAGAACCUCAGUCAGGUUUAAACCCUCUGAAUAAUGGUGAAGUCCCUGUCAGUGAUAUGAGAUGUUUCAUUGAAAGUGGAAAUCCGAAGAGACACAUGAGAACUCAUACAGGGGGAGACCCGUUCAGCUGCUCCGUGUGUGGUAAAUGUUUCAUUAAAAGUGGAGAUCUGAAGACACACAUGAGAACUCAUACAGGAGAGAAACCUUUCAACUGCUCCAUGUGUUGUAAAUGUUUCAUUAAAAGUGGGGAUCUGAAGAGACACAUCAGAACUCAUACAGGAGAAAAACCUUUCAGCUGCUCAGUUUGUAAGAAAUCUUUUACACAGAGUGGAAGUUUACAGACACACAUGAGAAUCCACACAGGAGAGAAGCCUUUCAGCUGCUCAGUGUGCGGUAAAGGUUUCAUUAAAAGUGGAGAUCUGAAGGCACACAUGAGAAUACACACAGGAGAGAAACCUUUCAGCUGCUCAGUUUGUGGUAAAGGUUUCAUUAAAAGUGGAGAUCUGAAGACACACAUGAUAACUCAUACAGGAGAGAAACCUUUCAACUGCUCAGUUUGUAAGGAUUUUUUUACAGAGUAUAGAACUUUACGGAGACACAUGAUGACUCACACAGUAGAGAAACCUUUCAGCUGCUCAGUGUGUGGUAAAUGGUUCAUGUCAAGUGGAGAUCUAAAGAGACACAUGAGAACUCAUACAGGAAAAAAACCUUUCAGCUGCUCUGUUUGUAAGAAAUCUUUUACACAGAGUGGAAGCUUACAGACACACAUGAGAAUCCACACAGGAGAGAAACCUUUCAGCUGCUCAGUGUGUGGUAAAGGUUGCAUUAAAAGAGGAGAUCUGAAGACACACAUGAGAACUCACACAGGAGAGAAACCUUUCCGCUGCUCAGUGUGUGGUAAAUGUUUCAUUAAAAGUGGAGACCUGAAGACACACAUGAGAACUCACACAGGAGAGAAACCUUUCAACUGCUCAGUGUGUGGAAAAAGUUUCAUUAAAAAUGGACAACUGAAGGCACACAUGAGAACUCAUACCGGAGAGAAACCUUUCAGCUGCUCAGUUUGUAAGAAAUCUUUUACACAGAGUGGAGAUUUACAGAGACAUGUGAUGACUCACACAGGAGAGAAACCUUUCAGCUGCUCAGUGUGUGGUAAAGGUUUCAUUAGAAGUGGAGAUAUGAAGACGCACAUGAGAACUCAUACCGGAGAGAACCCUUUCAGCUGUCUGUAAGAUCUCUUUUGCCCAGAAAGAAUAUUUACAGUCGCACAUGAGAAACCUUUCAAUUUCUCAGUUUGUGAUAAAAGAUUUGUGUGCAAGGCACAUCAGUGAUUUGAGAUACAGUAUAUGGUUUAUUCAAAUAGGGUCGUGUUUACCGUGUUCACGAGAAGAGUCGGUAUGAACGCCCCCCUCUCGUGGUAUUCACGACCUCGUAACAUGAAAGUUUCUGAAAGCUUCGAGCUCAUGAGGUGUGACGCGUUUGUUGACAUUGUCAUAAAUGGCCGGGGCCAUGGAAGUAAAUUCUUUGGUGCAUAAUAAGUUAAUAUAUUGUAAUUUUAGUCGUAUAUUGUUCUUCUUCGUAAUUGUAUAAUACGUAUGAGGAAAAUGUUGAUAUUCCCAACGGCCUCAUCUUUUUCCUCAUCAUGUCUUUGCAUUUACUACGUUACGUUACCCAUUUGCUAGCUUGCUAUAUUGUUAGCCUCUGUGGCUUCUAGACACCGUCUUUUAUCCUGUUACAUUAUAAAGGCAGG